UGUUAACUUGACACAUGGAAAAAGGGGUGACAGAUGAGCCUCUCUUUUCCAAUUCUUGUACUAAAAAGUUCCUCCCUUUUUCAUCUCUAUUUUUCAUUUAUAUAUGCAACCAACAAUUUUUUUUUCUGUUAUAAUAUAUUGUCUACUAGCCUUUCUCUUUUUUUCUUACAAGAUAAUGGAAACUUUAGCUGAUUCAAAAGGAAAAAAUUCAAGAAAGAAUAGGAUUUCAACAAAUAUUGAUGAACAUGAAGAAAUUUUGACUAUGAAGGAAUCUCAGCCUACUGGAUCAAAGAACAUGGAAUGGACCGACGAGAAGCAUAGUUUGUAUCUCAAGUCUAUGGAAGCAUCGUUUGUCGACCACUUAUAUGGUUCCUUAGAUGUAGUUGGUUGGCAUUCCCAAAAUAAUGGCUUGUCAAGGCCUAAAUCCUCGAGGCAAAAGCAUGGCAAUCCUUCAGGCCAGUAUAAGGUGUUUCAAGAUGGUUGUUGGACCAAAAUCAACUUCAAGAAAGACGAGUCUCAGUUAAAUAAAACAAACGAAUCUACUGCUGUAUUCGCAAGCCCCUGGAUUAAGCAUUACAAAUCUGCAGGCAGACAUCAAAUGAGAGUAAAUUCAGAUCUCCAGGGGAACACUACUUUAAUGAAACAGAACCAAUCUCCACCAUCUGACUUCGGUUUGUGCCAUGAUGAUUACGUUACAGAGGUAAUGGAUCAAAACUUUAUCGAUGAAGAUCUUGAAGGAGGACAGUCUAGCAGCAGGGAGCACAUCACAAAACGGACAAAAAUUCCGUUGGAUGCUGGUACCAGCAGUGAUCAAGUAGUUCCAUUUUGCACAUCCUCAAUGACCGAUGAUCUUAAGGAUCUUCUGGAAUCAACGGAGUAAAGUCUUUGGCUUCCAGAGACGACUAUGAUGACACUAACCUCUCUAACCAAGAAAGCGGAAUGGAAUGUAAAAACAAGGCGACUUAAUUCAACGUGGUGGCUCGCAGAUGGGAAGGCCUCGCGUUUCAAACUAUUGCUAUAGGCUGAUCAGGAUUUUGCUACAGUUUCUGCAGUCAUGGUUUUUGUUUCUUUAUUUAUCUGUAUGUUUGAAAUUCUAGUAGCUCUGUAUUCCUUGUACAGAUUUUGGGAAAAAUGUUGUCAAAAAAAUUGUUUCUUGUCGCCAGCAUUGAUCAAUUAGCAUUGCAAGGCUAUGUUGUUCGGACUCUCCAAACAUGUGGGCUCACUCGUGUUGGAUCUCUUAAAAAUACACUACUUUUGAGGAUCAGACACACAUCUGUCAACAUUUUUUAAGAGUCCAAGCAACAUAGUUGCAAGACAUUAAAGCCAUAGGUUGAGUCGGGAUUUGAAGUUUAUGGAUUCGGGACUCUAAUCGGGUUCUGAAUUAAUAAUUCAUACAUAUGAAUGAAGUUUUUAUGAGAAAUACAAAGUAUGAAUUAAAAUUA